AUGAAAUCAACUACCAGCCGUAAGGGACAGACGUCCAUCACUCACUUGAUGAACUUUUCACUCCCACCCCGUCCGCAAUACCAUGGACCACCUCGCAAUGUUCGACGUUAUACAUCCUGGGGAGCCGGUACAGUGGAUAAAGCGAGAUAUGUUCAUGCGAAUUAUCGGUUCAUUGUGAUGCCGAAUCAGAACUUCCAUGCCCAAGCAGCCAACGCUGACGUUCAUCUCGACUGGGCCUCAGUGCUACAAGUGUUGGUAUCUGCCCAGACACAGGCUGCUAGUUGUCCCAUCUGUCUAUCCACCCCUGUUGCGCCUCGCAUGGCACGCUGUGGUCACAUAUUCUGUCUCCCGUGUCUGAUUCGAUACAUGCAUUCAUCUGAUGACGAUAACCCGGUCCCUGAGAAACGGCACCGUUGGAAGAAAUGUCCUAUUUGCUGGGACUCUAUUUAUAUCUCUGAGACCCGACCCGUUCGAUGGUUCCGUGGCCAAGAAGGCGAUUUGCCAGUCGAAGGUGGCGAUGUUGUAUUGAGACUGGUGAAACGAGAGUCGGGCAGCACUAUUGCUUUGCCUCGUGAUGGAUCUGAAGCACUUGGUCCAGAUGAGGAUGUUCCGUGGUAUCAUGUUGCCGAUGUUGCUGACUAUGCUCGGAUCAUGAAAGGAGGCGAAGACUAUAUGAGUGCUCAGUACGAUACUGAGAUCGAAGACCUUCGCCAACAGGAAGUUGAGGACGAGCUUAUGUUUGGUGAUGAAAAUACAUGGACUCGAAAAGCUGUUGGUUCUAUUAUGGAGGCCAAGGAAAAGCUGAAAGGCAUUGGUAAUCCACCCGAGGUAAUACCUGUCAAGGAACGCGCUGUUGCGACGGCUUCCACUUCUAGCUCUUCUGCGCCAUCUACAGAGACCCCUCGCACAUCAGAAGAAGCGGAGCAGUUUUCACAGGCGAUGAGUAGGGUUCAACUUGAUUCCGAACCCAGCGCCAAAUUUAAAGAAAAAGGCCGCAGCAUGGAAUCGCAGGCGCCUUCCGGCUCAGAUCACUCAUACCACUUCUACCAAGCCUUGCCUCAGUUCUAUCUCUCCUCUUUGGAUAUUCGUAUCCUGAAGGCCGCAUUUGAAGAAUACGCUUUGUUCCCUGCCACCAUUCUCCCUCGAGUGGAGCACAUAUCAACAGGGCAUAUCGUUGACGAUGAACUUCGCAAGCGAGUCAAAUACCUUGCACAUCUUCCGCAAGGUUGUGAGGUCAACUUCUUAGAGUGUGACUGGCGAGACGUGGUUGUACCCGAGGUUCUCAACCGCUUCCGUUCGGAAACCGAUAAACGACGAAAGCGUAACCGAGAGAAGGAGGCUCGAGAAGAAAAAGAUCGCAUACGUGCCGAGAAAGAGGAGGAUGAUAAACGUUGGGCCGGCGUUCGACGCAAGCGACUAAGCAUUGGUGCUGGUAGUUCCAGUGAAUCGCCAUUUUCUGCCCAUGAUUUCCAUCCACUUCCCAACAGCCUGGAUCCCGCGUUCGACGCCGGCACUUCCUCCGCCUCUCCUCCACGCCCAUCUUCAGGGUUUGGAGCAUUGGCUUCUCCCUCCACCAGCCCGCCAGGAUCACGUACUGUCUGGGGCACGACGGCAGUGGGCUCACUGUCGCCGAGCCUUGAAGCCCAACGGCCUACUGCCGGUGACGGGUGGCGGCAGGGGUGGGAGGAUGAGCUUUUCGCUCAGCAGGAGUCUGAUCUGCUAGCUCAAACGGCACCGAAUGAUUCAUCCCCCGUCAAUGGCAAGAAAAAGAAAAAAAAUAAACAAAAGAUUACAUUGAUGGCCACUAACAGCCAGAGAGGGGCCUAG